CGUUAAAAUGAAAUUUAUUAAAAAUGUAUGCUGUUCUCUACAGAACUUGCCUAUACCAGUCAAAGGGGAUUCAGAUAACGGACAAAAGCCACCAGAGCAGCAGGAAGAACUAUCAGCUGCCACUUCUCUGACACCGGACAUCUCCGUCUCCUGAGCAGCAACCAGAAAAACUAUCAGCUGCCGCUUUCCUGACACCGGACAUCUCCUUGCAGGAGGACGGACAGCUGUCUCCUGAGCAGCCUAACAGCAACUCAUCUGAUGAUGGAUUCAUAAGAAUCAGGGUUCCACUUGAACCAACUUUUUUUUUCUUGAAAAGGAAAGAAUGGGCUAAUCUAAAAAAUAAGAGAUCCCAAAGAAGAUACAAGGGACUACAGUGGACAAAUCUGAUUUCAGACAGACUACGGACAGUGUUUCCAUAUUGUUCCUUUGCUUUCAAAGGGCACAGAGUCCAGGCUUUGGACUCAGUAAGAAAGGACCCUUUCUUCUGGUGUCUGGGUUACUGCAGUUUCGAGGAUUGUCCAGUCACUGUCAAUGUCACUGUAGAUAAAGAAGACGAUCUAAAGGCGAAAGUCAAUUUUCAAGAUCUCGAGUGUGUGCACAACCACUAUGAACUGAAAAGAAGACCAGUAAGAGCUCAUAAGAGAGAUAAAAUUGACCAUGAAUUGGAAAAACAAUUACCCAGAGCCAUGUAUCUGGAAAAAAUGAGCAAAAUGGAUGAUGAUGUUGUGCAAUCAGGGUGUAGAGAUGAAGUUCCAACUCCUCAAGUGUUGAGAAACAUAGCAUUGGAAAUCCGAAAGAAAAGUCGUCUUCAUCAUAAUGAGAUUAUGAGUCUCCAGUUAAUGGUGGCAAACAAGAAGAACAACCCAGAGGAUGUAUUGCAGAAAGUGAUGUUACAUCCAAAAGGUGCUUUUUUAUGGUCUUCCAAGAGCAUUGAAAUUUUCCAGAGCCGCUGUCGGGAGGACUUAGUUUAUUUGGAUGCUACAGGAAGUAUCAUGAAAAAAAGAAAGUGUUUGCCUCCUUUCUGUAUUUACGAACUUGUAGUAAGGAAUCCAUGGAAAACAUGCUCUCCCCUACCAGUGGCUACAUAUUUAACAUGUGACCAUACCACUGCCUCGGUCACAUAUUUUCUGGAAGCAUUUCUGACUGAUGUUGCAAGGGACUUUGGGCGCAAAGCCAUGCAUUCAGCUGUAAUGCUUACGUGUGAUGGAUCUAUGGUCCUAAUGCAAGCUAUCUGUUUAGCUUUAGCAAAAAAAAAUCUGUCGAACACAAUAAAUCAUAAUUAUAACAUCACUUCGGGGAAAGGAAACAAGGAAGACUUCGAGGUUCCAAUUCUUCACAGAUGCCUUAGUUAUGUUAUGAAGAAUGCCAAGGAGAUCUGUAAAAAGUAUGCACCAAAGAACUACCAUCUUGCAAUGCACACUGUUGGAGUCUUCACUACUGCAACUUCCUUAAAAGACCUCAGUGACAUGGUUCAAAGUGCUGCAAUUGUUUUUGGGAGUCCUUGUAGUGGUGAGAAUGUCAAAAAACAUUUUCACAACCUGCAGUUAUGGAUGCAGAAAGCCAAUGUUGAUGUUGAUGGUAAUGCCAGAAACUCAAAAGCUGAUGAGGACCUAAAGGUAAACUGAAGUCAAUUUUUAUUAAAGCUAAAGGCUACACUUUUGCCUCUUAUACUUCUUUUUAAAUACUUUGGAAUAGCAUAAUAAUCACAAGUCACAAGUAAUUUGAAAUGUUUUAUACAGGUUUGAUUCAGCUGGCGCCAGCGGGAUAGCCGCAUGAGUGAAGAUGGUGAAUGUUUGGGUUUAGUGCGAACAACUGCAUCCAAUUUUUGCAGUUGGUAUAAUGUCCAUCACUGGUCACCAAUUAUCUCAGUUCCCAUUGUUCUUCUCCAAGAUGUUAUCCAUAUUGCAGAGCCAUGAGUUUCUCCGAGAUCUUAUCCAUACUGCGUUCAAAACACAGUCUGAGUACUCACAGCCCUGCCAAUCGUCUAUCAAGUCGCCCAGCCUUAUGGGAUUUUGAACAGCUGUAGCAGCUUCUUGUUCUUCGAUAAGACAGGUUCAAGCCAGCUCCAAUCAGCCCGAACUCUGUUAUCGUGGUUCCUAAUACAUAGGUAGAUGUCGUUCAAUGUCCUCCAUCGAGUGUCGUCAGACACACGAUGCAACCGACCAUCGAGUAUCCGGCAGCAAACGUCUCUACAGGACAAUUGGAUCAAAUCCAUAUUACUUUAGGCUUUAGAGGACAAGACUGAGAAACUCUUUGAGGGUUAGAGUUAGACGAGACUAGACAAACACAUAGAAGCAGCAGGGAAGCCAAGGGAGGGAGAGGGGGAAAGAUGCGUCCGCCUCCACCGAGAGCCAAAAUAGAUGAAAUUUAUGUCUGCAAUUUAAAAUGUAAUCAGAGGAAGCACUGCAGCGAUUUGGCUCAGUUCCUAUUUACUUUGUACCAUUCCUUCACUAGUGUGAGUACCUGAUAUGUCUAUACACCUUUCUCAUCACAUCACUGCACUGUGAGUCAUAUGCAGCAACGAUUGUAAAUAAUGCGGACAUUCUCAUUUGAAGGAUAAUCCUAUUCAAUAAAAGUCACUGCUUUCUAAUGUAUCCUGCCAUCUUUACUGCAUAUGUAACAAAAGUAAACAUAAGAUGUGAAAUUUUAAACAUGACUUGAACUUGGACUGUUCACGGUGAAUUGUGGAAUUGCUGUUGAUGCCAAAUUUUAGGAAAAAUGGUUUUAGGCAAGAAUAUCUUUAGGCAUGAA